UUCGGCUAGAGGAGAGUCGACGGAAACGCAUCGACGCACACAAGACUCAUGGUACAUAUUUCGUAUCCUUUUUUUGGAGAGACGCACAACGGAAAGUCCGUUCACUCUGUCACUGACAGCAUUCUUACCUUGUUCUCUCAGAACGAAACAUAUUGUCUUUUAUUGAACGGGAAUUUACAGCUUCGCACAGAGCAAUGAUCUAAGGUGACUUUAUGAAUUCAUACAGUAAAACCAAAGGGACAGCGAAAUAUUUUGUAGCAGAUAUUGUGUUUUAAAAGCUGCGCGCGGAGAUUCGGACAAGAAAGUUCGCGCGGUCCUGAACAGCUCAUGAUUCAACUGAAAGAUGCGCGCGGACUCGUACUAUGAGGUGCGGUGUACAGUACGACUGUUUUAAAGCUGUACUGUGUUACAGUCAGUAAUUUUACCGGCUUUUAUCAGAUAUAUUUGGCAUUAGUCAAGUUGGAUAUCUGUUGCUCGAGAAAUGACUCACGUUUAGCAGGUUCAUUGUUUCGUUGCUCGUGUUCAUCCUUAGAAAUCAGAGGUAUUGUUGUUCGCCGAGUUUACCGGCGCCUCACGGGCUUCUGCAAUGGAGACUCGGAUUCAAACCGUUUGACAUUUCUGUGGAAAGCCAGUCGAAUGCCAAAUUGUCACUGAAUCAAAUCGAAUGAGCCGGACACCUGGAUUACUGAGUCGCAAGCUCACGGCCUAUUGAACACAUUAGCACCUGUCACAUCAGUCCAGGCAAGGUCAUCGCUCCUUCCCUUCAUUCUCCAUCCGGCUGUUAAACACUGAGUCCCGGCGCUCUGCUCUUCAACAAUGGAGAGCCUAAGUGAGCUUCAGAACCCUCUUCUAGAUAAAAACAGCAAGCAUAUGGUUAUGGCCGACUAUGGUUAUGGUGGCGACUUCCACAGCAACCAGUAUCAGGAGAACAUUAUAAACUACUUUGUGACUGGUGGAGGAGGUGGAGGAGGAGGUGGCGGCGGAGGUGGGGUUGCGGUCACAGGAGGAAACGGCAAGGCUAAAGCCCAGCUAUUGGACGCCACCUCGCUUCACCUGGCGGUGGAGGCCUUUUACAAGCCUAACUUCAUCCUUUACAAGGACGAUGUGAGCAGCAAGGGCAAGGAUUACAAAAACGAGUGCUGCGAGACCACCUUCAUGGAGAAGAAAGACAAGGACGUAGCGGUGGAGACCCCCAGUACGGAGGACCCGCAGGCUAAACUGCUGGACGAAAACGAGGUGAAAAUCCAGACUGUGUCUUAUGAGGUGGAGGAAGAGGAAUAUGUUGAAUAUGAGACAGAUUGCUCCAGUGACAGUGAGAGCGAGGACAACUUUAUCGUCAUCCCUCCUCGUGAUCACCUAGGCCUCGCUAUCUUCUCCAUGCUCUGUUGCUUCUGGCCUCUGGGCAUUGCUGCUUUCUACUUUUCUCAGGGGACUAGCAAAGCCGUGACUAAGGGAGACUUCCCAUUGGCAAGCAUUGCAUCUAGACGAGCCUUGUUCUUGGCCGCUCUCUCCAUCACCAUUGGGACGGGGGUCUACGUGGGAGUGGUGGUGGCCCUCGUCGCGUAUCUGUCCAAACCAGGCCACAUUUAGCACGGUCAGGAGAGGACUACAGAACUCCACGAUACUACACAGCCACCUCUGAACGUCUUUUUUCUAAAUGUCUCAUUCUCAUCCCUCCCCGUGGACCGCCUGUCCGCCCAAAUCAGAGAAAGGGAUGAAACAGAAGAGGAUGAACCAGAAGAACUGGGGACUUUAUCACCUCAGUCAUAAUAUAUAAAAGUAAGUUUCACCUCGUGUCACACCACACUGGAUAAAACUUAACUAAGUCUGAGAGCAGUUCAGGUGAAGAAUAUAAACUACAGACAAAUAAGCAAUCCAAUUAACCGAAACCAAAGGGAAGCUAUUACAAAGGACACCCGUAAGGAUCAAAAGGACCAAGAGCCCUUGGAUUUGUUUUUCCCUUUAUAACUGUGCUUCGUUCGGAACCUGAAAGAGAAGUCAAGCUGCUGUCCGUUUCUCUCUCGUUACUUGCGUAGUCUGGUAAACCCUGUCUGUGCGUGUGGCCCAAUUAAACCAGCACUGCUGAAUACACCAGCUGCAGUCUGAGCUCUGUUAAAAAGGAUAGAAUGUUGUCCACCCUAUUUAGGCAAAAUAACACAGCUUUGUAUGUUAUAAGCAAAUGUGGAGUUCAUGAACCUAAAUGCUUAUGAUCACGAUACAGAACUACAGGACAAGAAAUAGCUAUCAAAGACAUUUCACCUCUAAGAAUUGAAAUUCAUCUGUGAAAUUCAGCU